GAUCCUUAUGCCUUUCACACUUAUUAAAUCAUGCAUCCUCCAUUUUGAAUUCAGGCAGUUGUUUUUGGAGCUGAACUCCGUUAUCCAUUUGACCACCUGCCACCAGUUGAAUCAGUCCCUGCAUUUAUGAUUCCUUCUAGUCUCAUACUGUUUAGAGAUCUCGUAAGCAGUGAGAUCUUUAACUAUGAAAGCAGCUCAGAAUCCUGUUAACGCAGCGAUUUGAUGUAUAUUAACAAUAUGCCAGAAUAAUUUAGCUCACAAACUAUGUGUUGUUGUAAGGUAGUUGUGCUGAGAUUUUUCUCAUUGCUGACAAAUGCACACCCAAAACAUUUUCUGUGGUGUAAUGAACCAGGAUUUGAAACACCAGGCUUCUAUUAAUACCGCUAGACAUUUGGGGGAAGGGAGUGUCGGUCCAAAACUGGCCUUUCAACUAGUCAAGGAUGAUCCAGCCCUAAGUUUUAAAAGCGCAGUAAGACUAGUGUCGUCCCAACCUGCAGUUCUCAAAAUGUGAUAACUAGGUUGGGGAGAAACACGGAGAAAAGAAAAUUUGAAUACACAUAGAAACACCGCAAUACUAAGUUCUGUCUCCACUGCAGUUUCUCCUUUGCUCUAAAUUUAGACUGAGGUGAAGAGCUGGCAACUGAGGCAGGACUAAAGGCUUAACCUGGGUUCGUGAUUUUUACCAUGCGAAGGAAUACAGCAAAAUGUUCCAUCUAGAGUUCAGGGAAAACGAGAAAUGGAAAACGAAAAAUCAUGCAACAGCUCCAACGUCGCACUGGAGCUACAACAGGUCGAAACCCUCCCCAAGGAAAAGUCCAAGAUGGCCGAGCUAAGAACCGGUAAAGGAUGCAAGAGCCCGAUCCCCACGCGCCCUCCGCCCGCCCGGGGGAAGUAAAGCGCUAAGUCACGCCUCCUUACAUCACCGACAGACGUAAUCUCGCUCUCCAGAAAACGUGCCGCAGGGCGCAGGCCCCGCCCCACAGAAAGAAGGGCGGCCCGCCCUAGACGUGAAGCACGCUGGGACUCCUCUCGAGCUUCCCGGCAGCCUCUGCGACGGGCGUGGUGCGUAAGGAGCUGACCAGCGGUGGCCGUUCUCCGUAAGAUGGCGGACCGGCGGCGGCAGCGCGCUUCCCAGGACACUGAGGACGAAGAAUCUGGUGCUUCGGGUUCCGACAGCGGCUCUCCCGCACGGGGCGGCGGCAGCUGCAGCGGGAGCGCCGGAGGCGGCGGCAGUGGCUCGCUGCCUUCUCAGCGCGGCGGCCGCGGUGGGGGCCUUCAUCUGCGACGGGUGGAGAGCGGGGGCGCCAAGAGCGCAGAGGAGUCUGAGUGUGAGAGUGAAGAUGGCAUGGAAGGAGAUGCUGUUCUCUCCGAUUAUGAAAGUGCAGAAGAUUCAGAAGGUGAAGAAGAAUACAGUGAAGAGGAGAAUUCCAAGGUAGAGCUGAAAUCAGAAGCUAAUGAUGCUGCUGAUUCCUCUGCAAAAGAGAAGGGAGAAGAAAAGCCGGAAUCUAAAGGCACCGUGACGGGGGAGAGGCAAAGUGGGGAUGGACAGGAGAGCACAGAGCCUGUGGAGAACAAAGUGGGUAAAAAAGGCCCUAAGCAUUUGGAUGAUGAUGAAGAUCGGAAAAACCCAGCGUAUAUUCCCAGGAAAGGGCUCUUCUUUGAGCAUGAUCUUCGAGGACAGACUCAGGAAGAGGAAGUCCGACCCAAGGGACGGCAGCGAAAACUAUGGAAAGAUGAGGGUCGCUGGGAGCAUGAUAAGUUCCGUGAGGAUGAACAGGCUCCAAAAUCUCGACAGGAGCUAAUUGCACUUUAUGGCUAUGACAUUCGGUCUGCUCAUAAUCCUGAUGACAUCAAACCCCGAAGAAUCCGGAAACCUCGAUUUGGAAGUCCCCCACAAAGAGAUCCAAACUGGAUUGGUGACCGAUCAAGCAAAUCCCAUCGCCACCAGGGUCCUGGGGGCAACCUACCACCUAGGACAUUUAUUAACAGGAAUGCAGCAGAACCAGAUGCUCCAUUGCUUGGAAGUCCUGAGAAAGAAGAGGUGGCCUCAGAGACACCAGCUGCUGUACCUGACAUCACACCGCCAGCUCCUGACAGACCUAUUGAGAAGAAAUCCUAUUCCCGGGCAAGAAGGACCCGGACCAAAGUUGGGGAUGCAGUCAAAGCAGCUGAAGAGGUUCCUCCUCCAUCUGAAGGGCUCACUUCAGCAGCCACGGUCCCAGAAUCUACUCCUCCAGCUGCUAAGACUGGGAACUGGGAGGCUCCAGUGGAUUCUACCACAGGUGGACUUGAGCAAGAUGUGGCACAGCUAAAUAUAGCAGAACAAAAUUGGAGUCCAGGACAGCCUUCAUUCCUGCAGCCACGGGAACUUCGAGGUAUGCCUAACCACAUCCAUAUGGGAGCAGGACCUCCACCUCAGUUUAACCGGAUGGAAGAAAUGGGUGUGCAGAGUGGUCGAGCUAAGCGUUACUCUUCCCAGCGGCAGCGGCCUGUGCCAGAGCCCCCUGCUCCUCCUGUGCAUAUCAGUAUCAUGGAGGGACAUUACUAUGAUCCACUGCAGUUCCAGGGACCAAUCUAUACCCAUGGUGACAGCCCUGCCCCACUGCCCCCACAGGGCAUGAUUGUACAGCCAGAAAUGCACCUUCCUCACCCAGGUUUACACCCCCACCAGUCACCAGCACCUCUGCCCAAUCCGGGUCUCUACCCACCACCAGUGUCCAUGUCCCCAGGACAGCCACCGCCCCAGCAGUUGCUUGCUCCCACCUACUUUUCUGCUCCGGGUGUCAUGAAUUUUGGUAACCCUAGUUACCCUUAUGCUCCGGGAGCACUGCCUCCUCCUCCACCUCCUCAUCUGUAUCCUAAUACACAGGCUCCAUCACAGGUGUAUGGAGGAGUGACUUACUAUAACCCUGCCCAGCAGCAGGUACAGCCAAAGCCCUCUCCACCCCGGAGGACUCCCCAGCCAGUCUCCAUCAAGCCCCCUCCAUCUGAGGUUGUAAGCAGAGGUUCCAGUUAAUAAGAGUUUUCAACUAUUUUAAGUAUAACAUCAUGUGAAUAACAGGAGAGGUGGAAACUCAGGAGAGAAGAGAAAUGCAGCUGGCUGUUACUACUCAGAGGGCUUCGAGGUGUGGGGUGGCCCUGCCAGCAGACGGAGGUUGAGGCCCUCUUUCUCUGAGGAUAGGUCUGCUGGAGAGAGAAGAAACAGGUGGCUGCCUUCCACCUCCACUCCUCACUUGAGCUGACUGGACUUAGGGAGCAGAGACUGGACAACCCAGGCUUCAGAAGCCUGUUUUUUACUUUCUUCCCGGAAAUUCAAGUGUCUUCUGCUCCCGGGGAAGCUUCUUCCUGCUUGUUUGUUUGAAUGUUUAUUUUUUAAAGCCUGAUUUACCCUUCUUAAGUUAAUGUUUUUAGUUUUUUCUCCUUUUCCCUGCUCUACCCUGACUUUACGUGAAGCAAGUUCAUUUUAGUUCAUUCUAGCCUUUCUGGGUUCCUUUUUGAUUCCUUCCUUUACCCCCACUUAAUUGAGAAUGUUUCGACCAAGUGUAAAAAUAGCUGGCCUUUUCCAUGUGAUUGGUCUUUAUUGCUCUUUAACUCCUCUAACCCUGUGGAAGCUGUCUGCACGCAGUAUCCCAGUGUAAAGGAGAGCUCAGAGUGGGUGAGUAGGAGCCCUUGUUUGGGGUGGAGGUUUUAUAAAUCUGAGCCUUCAAGAGUACCUCUCUUCUAAUGGGCUUCAGGCCUCCACUGAGGCAGAGUCUGCUGUGGGGAGAAAGAACAAACUGGAUGCUUUUGUGAGAAAGGAGGGUGGAGUGAGACCCUCUGCACUGUUAAGGGAAUGCACUGCUAAGUCCUCAGGGCUGUCUUUGAGGUAAGUGGAAUUAGUGGGCCCUGCUUCUUUUCUUUGUAGCCCUCCUGCUACAUCCCCUUUCCAGUUGUGGACCAAUGCAUCUCUAGAAACAAUGCUACCCAGCAGUCUUUCUGCCUUGUCUUUGGCAGUUCUUCUCCAUGCCUUUCCUGCUACAAGUGUUUUUAGAUGUUAUUACUGUACUUUCCCCAAAUUCUGCUCCUGUACUUGCAAACUGAAGGUAACUACACCUAAGGAAGCAAGUCACCUUGUGGGCAAAGGCUGUCCCUAUUUUCCCUCUCAUGGCACCAUAUUACAUCCCUGUGCCCCUGUGGAAGUCUGUUACUGCAGCACUGUGCCUGCCAGAGUUCCUACAGCACCUGAGGGAGUAGGUGACGGCUGUCUCUCUCUAGUAAUGUCACUGUUUUUAUUCUGCCCUCCUGCAGCUGGCCUAACCACUCUUGUGUUGGGGUUGGGGGAUAACCCUCAAGGAGGAGAUAACUAAGAGGUUCUUCCAGGGGUAGCUGGUGGUUGUGCCUUUUAUAGGCUUCCCUUUGCCUUAAACCUGAAGAUGUCUCCUCAAGCCUGUGGGCAGCUGGCCCAGAUUCCCAGACUAAGACACUGUGACAGUUGUCUGUUGCUCCACUGUGUUUAGUUGCAAAGAUUUCACCUUGUGUGUUGUUUUCUGUUACUGUUUUAAAGGGUGCACAUUUGUGAUCAGCAUUGUGACUUGGAGAAAAUAAAAUUUAGACUGUAGACCUGA